AUGUGUUCCACUCCAGUCGAAAGAUUGCAACAUGUUUCUCAGAUUCUUGCUUCGCCCACCAAGGCUGCUAGUACGUCUUUGAACCCCCACCACCCAUUCAAAAUCGCUGUGAUUGGCUCCGGUAACUGGGGUACUACCAUCGCUAAGAUCCUCGCCGAAAACGCACUUGCGCGCCCACACUUGUUCAAGCAUUUCGUUGACAUGUGGGUGUUCGAGGAGAAAGUCGACGGCCGCAACUUGACGGCCAUCAUCAACGAGGACCACGAGAAUGUGCGCUACUUGCCUGGCGUCAAGCUCCCAUCGAACUUACGUGCAAACUCCAACAUCGUUGAAGUGGCCCAGGAUGCUGACUUGUUGGUCUUCAACUUGCCCCACCAGUUCUUGCCUCGUAUCUGCUCUCAAUUGAAGGGCCACUUGAAGCCAGCCUGCCGCGCCAUCUCUUGUCUCAAGGGUUUGGAGGUCAACAAGGAUGGCGUCAAAUUAUUGAGUCUGGCAAUUACCGACGAGCUUGGAAUUGCUUGUGGUGCCCUCUCAGGCGCUAACUUGGCCCCUGAAAUUGCACGUGGCCAAUGGUCCGAGACUACGGUUGCUUAUAAGAUUCCAGAUGACUUCAGAGGUCCUGGAAGAGACAUUGACCACUUUGUCUUGAAAGCUGCCUUCCAUAGACCAUACUUCCACGUAAAUGUUGUUGAGGACGUGGCUGGUAUUUCCAUUGCUGGCGCCCUCAAAAACAUUGUGGCCUUAGCUGUAGGUUUCGUGGAGGGUCUCGGUUGGGGAGAAAACGCCAAGGCCGCCAUCAUGAGAGUCGGUUUGUUGGAAAUCGUUUCCUUCAGCAAAGCUUUUUUCCCUGAAUCCCAUCAAUCUACCUUCCUCAAAGAGUCUGCUGGUGUUGCCGAUUUGAUCACAACCUGUGCUGGAGGCCGUAACGUUAAAAUCGGUCGUUACAUGGCUGAAACAGGCGAAGAUGCCCAAACUGCCGAGAAGAAGUUGUUGAACGGCCAAUCGUCCCAAGGUGUGCUCACUGCAAAGGAAGUACACGAAUUGUUGACUAACGUUGGCCGUGUCGAGGAAUAUCCUUUGUUCGAAGCAACAUACCAGAUUAUUUUCGGCUCCGAGAGUAUCGAGAACUUGCCGAAGUUGUUGGAAAGAAAAUCCUAA